AGUCCCCUUUGGCUCAACUCAACGGUAUCCACCAUGAGCGACUUCAAGCUGUCUGAACCUCCUGGGUCGCCAAGCACACCGGAGGAAUGGGAGCAGCGCUUCAAAACGUUGCUGCGGAGCAACAACUCUGAGCUCAUCAAACAGCUGGAGCUGGUGCUUGGCAACUAUGGAUUCAGUGCGCCGGUGGUUGCACCGGAGGAAGAGGAAGAUCUGGAUGAUUCGAUCCCUAACGAGUUGUGGUCGGAGCUUGAGGGCUCCAAUGGCUCCAAUGGGGAGAUGGUGGAAUCCUCCCGCUCCCCCGUGAGCAAGGGAAGCAGGCUUUCGAUCACCUCGCUGGAUUCUGGAGAUGACAAGUUGUACCAGGAGAAACUGAUGAAGGAUCAGAAGAAGGCAAAUCGUAAAGCCUUUGGCAGGGCCAGUGGAGUCGUGCGACCGACUGGUAUGAUGCACCACACCAAGAGAAUCGUGAACUCUUGGAUGUUUGAGGUCUUUUUUGCGUCAGCUAUCUUGUCGAAUUCUCUACUCAUUGGUGUGCAAGUGCAUUAUGCAGCCCAAAGCAUGGGGAGCCCCUUGCCGCCUGCAUUCUUUAUCGUUGAACAGGUUUACGCCCUGCUUUUCCUCGUGGAGCUGAUCUUGCGAGUCUUGGCCGAGGGCUGGCCAUUUUUUUGGUCGUCGCCAAAUAUGGUCUGGAACUACUUGGAUGUGAUUAUUGUCUUCACCAGCGUCCUGAACUUGGUGUCAGAGAUUGCCAUGGAUCAGUUGGCCUCAGAUGCAGAUGCCUUGAUGUCUGGCAACGUUCGAAUCAUCCGCAUCCUACGGGUGACCCGAGUGAUUCGCGUGGUGCGAGUGGUGAAGAUUGUACGAUUCAUCAGAGCCCUGAGGUCGUUAGUUCACUCGAUCUUUGGGACUUUGAAGGUGCUCAUGUGGUCAGUCCUAUUGUUAAUGAUGAUUAUCUACGUGUUUGCCAUAGUUUUUACGGACGUGUCCACGGAAUACAUCAGCAACUUUGAGAUCAGUGCGACAGAGACAGCCUUCCUGCGAUUGCGCUUUUCGGAUUUGGAGCGUUCAAUGCGAACGUUGUUCCAAAGCAUCUCCAAUGGCUUGACCUGGGGAGAAGUGGCCGACAACAUGUACAGACUUAGCUGGAUAUGGGGAUAUCUAUAUCUCAUAUACGUCGCGUUCUGUUGCUUCGCUGUCCUAAAUGUCAUGACCGGUGUGUUUUGCCAAUCAGCAAUUGAAAGCGCUGAACGGGAUCAAGAACUGCAUGUUCAAUCGGUAGUGACUUCCAAGCAGCAACAAGUCGAGAUGUUCAUGUCUGUCUUCAAGUCCAUUCAGAUUGAACGGGGCGACGUGGCUUCAGAAAAUCUCACCUACAUGGAAUUUGAAGCUCUCUUCAACGAACCUCACAUCCAAUCAUUCUUCCAGUCUUUGGACGUGGAAACGAGCGAUGCGUGGACCCUUUUCAAAUUGAUGGACACGAGUGGCAACGGUGACCUGGAUGCCACGGAAUUUGUCGAAGGAUGCAUGCGCCUCAAAGGCCCUGCGCGGUCCAUUGAUGUGUCCCUGCUGAUGCAGGAGCACAAACGUCUGCGUAAGAAGCUCCUGACCAUGGAUCAAUUGCUGCAGGAGAUGCAUGCGUCGAUGUUGCCCCAGAGCGCAGCGAAAGCUCGAGCGCGGAAGGUCAGCAGGAUCUCAUCAAAGUUAAGCUGAAGGCCCUUUGUUUAGCAUGGUCGAAGAUGGCCAAGCCAUGAACUUCGAUAUCUACAUGAG